GAGAAUUAUGCUGCUUGGCUCCUGCAGUUUUCAGAGGCUCAAGUGCAAUAUGUUGAUCACUUCAGCUGUGAAGAGAAGCAAAGCUUCUGCCCCAAAGCCUGCAUUGCCUGCACAGAGCACCAGACCUUGGACACAGAGAGCCAAGAACCUGCUACCCCACCACAUGACUUUGGAGAGCAUGCCACUGAAACCCAGUCUGUGGUGAGCAUCCAAAGCUCUACCCCAGCACCCCCUGCUGUUUCCAGCCCAGUUGCUAGCCUGAAAGGAUCACAGCAAGGCGCAGCUGCUAGCAGCAGUGGCCUGAAAAGGCCUGCAUCCAAAAUGAAAAAACCGGCAUCCAAAGUGCAGAAGGUAUCAGAAGCUUGGAAGCCAAGUCCCAGCUUUGGCUUUGUAAAAGCCACCAAAGCAACUGCCAAAAGCUACAUUGUAUCGAGGGAAAGCAUGAAAAAGAAUUAUCACCUUUUGGUGAAUGUCACAGCCCAUGCCUCCCACAGCCACCACCAAGUGGUUGACAAGCUGAUGGCCUUGGUGACUUCCCAAGGUGGCCUGAACAAGGCCUUUUUUGCCUUGCUGUUGCAGCUGGCCUGGGCAGAAUGGGGGCCAGUCCAGGAAUGGUAUGGAAGGUUAUGGAGGCAGCAUGUGCCAACAGGAUAUUGGGCUGAGACCACUGAGGCUGGCUUGCUCAUGCACAAUGAGGACCAUGACUGGUUGGAAGGAUGGGGCUAUGACCCACCACCACCAGUCCUGGUCCCCAACCCCUACAGCCAGCCAAUGACACCACCAAGGACAAGGUUCAACAGCCCCAACAGGGUUGGUGCCCCAAGUGGGGUGGCCUGCAAAAGGCCAAGGCUUCCAAGCAUCAAUGAGAGGGAUGACAUUGGUUUUGGUGGUGGAAGGGCCAGCACAGACCCACCAAGACCACCUACACCACCCAGACCUAGCAGGUGUGGUGGUGGUGGUGGUGGUGGGGGCCCUGCUGCUCCUGACAGGCUCCCGGAAGCAUUGGGGCAAGUGAGUGAAAAGCUCAACCAAGAGCAACCUGAGAAAAGGUAUGAAAAAAAAGGCUUCAGGGCAGCCAUCAGGAGGCAAUUGAAAAAGCUGUGCAACAGGUACCAGCUGAGGUACCCACCAUGGCUUGAUGGCAAUGACCUCACUGUAAAGCAAUACAAGAUGAGGGUGAGGUGGUUCAUUGAGGAUUUCAUGUUGCAACAAGCACAGCAUGCACAGCCACCACAGUCCCCUGAUGGGGAUGGCCUGGGAAAGGCCUCCACUCCACCCAAUUCACCCAGGGAUGGUAAGCCACAAUCAGGAGGUUCUACUCCUACUGGUGCUGGCUCCCCCAUUGAGAGUGAAGACGACAGCAGCAGCAGCAGCAGUAGCAGUGAGUCAAGUGGCAGACCUCCUUCAGCAGCUGCUGGAAGACCAUGUGAGCCUGAACCUGCAGCUGGAGCAGCUGGAGAUCCACCUUCAAGUGCUGCAGUCAUUGGUCACAUGAUGGACAACCUUUUGGACAAUAUGGAGGUGCUGCACCCUGGUGUUAGGGAGGAAGUGCAGCAGACCAUUUGUGCCCCUCAUGAAGAGGGGUGGCCUGCAGAAGGCCCAGCCAUUCCCAGCCCAUCCUUGGGCACAGCUGGUCCUGCAAGAGACCCCAGGGAAGUGAAAAGUGAACCACCACAGAGCCCAAGACCCAUGGAUUGCGAAGCAGUAGCUGGCCUGCACAAGGCCAAACUGAAAGCAUGGAUGGCAGCUGGAAUGUCUUAUCAGACAUUGCCACUGAAGAAAGUGUGGAGAUGGAGGAUUGAGUUGACCAUGGCUGCCCUAUCCACACUGAAAAAGCCAGCCACCAAGAAGGCAGUGCAGGCAGCAGUCAAAGCUCAGGCAAAGACCCAACCAUCGCCCACUAGAGCAAGCAGUGCCCAGGAGGGGUGGCCUGCACAAGGCCAAGCAGCCACCACAGAGCCCAAGGAAGGGUGGCCUGCAGAAGGCCAGGAAGGCACAGAGGCUGGUGCUGAAAGCCCACUAGUGAAGAAGGAGAUUGUAUCGCCCCAGAAACCACCCAGAAGCCAAGCCAAGGCAAAGGCAGUGAACUUGCCACCCAUCCCCCAGAAAGAAACCAAGCAGAUGAAUUACAAGUUGAAAGCAUUGGCUGCCAAAGGCGAUAGUAGCUUGGCCAAGCAAUUUGCAAGCUGCAAGACACAGCAGGAGAAGCGCGCUUUCUUCUACAAUGUCUAUGUCCUGGACCCAAUGGUUUCCAACAAAAAAGUUGCCAAAAGAGACCUGGAGGAAGACAAUGACAUUGAGAACGAAGAGGAAGGCUGGUGGACUGCAGAAGUCAUUGCAGAAUGGAAAGGGAUAAAGCCUGGCUGCUCAAACUAUGAAGCCAAAGUUCAAGCUGCUGUGGAAAGCUUGACUGAGCGCGACCAUGAGGACAAAGCUUUGGCCAAGCUGGGGGUGAAGCAAUAUGAGUACACCCACAGGUCAAAGAAGAAGGAAGUGAAGAAAAGGCGCAUGCUGGAGUUGGAGGAAGGUGUGGAGGAUGUCAGCCAAGAAGACUUCUCUGCAAUGAGGGCAGCAAUGCACAAGGGCAUGGAGCAAAAGAUGAUCAGCAACAGCAGCAGCUCCAAGCCCACCAAGGGUGGCCUGGACAAGGCCAAUGCUGCAGAUGAAGCUGAGGUGGACCUGGACAUCGAUUGGUGCCAGAAUUUGAAAGACCAAUACAAGAAAAGCAAGUCCCAGAUUGCCCAGGUUUCCUCAGAAUUGCACACAGUGGAAGUGUACAAGGGCAAGGUCCAAGCCAUGGCAAAAUCAGAGAUGCAAUCAGCAGUGCUCAAGGGAAUUGAAGGGAUGGCCAAGGACCUCCUGGCCAGGAAGACAGCUUUGCUGGCUGAGCAACUGAAAUUCCCAAAGCAGGUGGAUGACCCUGCUGAAGCUGAAGUGAAGAGCAAGGAGAUCAAAGCUUGGAAUGACAAGGUGCAGGAGGAGUUGAAGAAGUUCAGGAAGGAGUUUGCCAAGCACAAGAAAUUUGUAGGUUCAAGUGCAGCCAGCAGAGCCAUGAGAUGCUUGACAUGCUUGUGGAUUUUCAUGUCCUUCCAUGUUGGCCUGCAGAAGGCCUUUGCUGGGAAGAGCUCUUCUUCCAAAAGGAAAAGAGACAGCUCUGAGUCAGAAGACUGGAAUGCAUUCAGCUUGAAUUUGCAUGCCAAGAAUCUGUUGCCUGCUACAGCCAUUCUUGAGGCUCAGCCUGCUCCAGGCUCCAAGGUUGGGAAGGCCUUGGCAGAGAUAUGCAACAAUCUCUUUGGGACCACUGGUUGGCCUGCAGAAGGCAUAGGAGCAGACAUUGCUGGCCAAUUGCGCAUUGACUUGAGUGCUUGCUACCCUGGCAGAAGCUUGUUCUUGGCCCAAGCAUAUGCCAGCAUGGAGGCCAAUGACAUCAAAUACUUGCCGAAGCAAGGGGCCAAAGUGGCUGGCCAGUACAUGGCCUUAGAAAAUCAUGCAAUCAGGAAAACAGUGGAGGUGGAGCUGGGAACCAUUCAGGUUCCGGAGGAGCCUACGACCACUGACAAACGAGUAGCAUUUGCUCCUGAAGGUGGCAUUGUCAACGACGAUGAGCCAGCAGGUGAGUUUGUUCAGCAUGCGCCAACGCUUUGGAACCUUUCUGGCAUUGGCACAAAAGCAUUUUCUGGUCAGAGGAUGAAACUUCUCAUGCACGAGUUGAACAUGGCCCGUGGAGAUUGCUGGUUGGGAAAGAUGAGUUUGAAGAGCAGUGCCAGCGACAUGGCCAUGUGA